GGGUUUGGCCGCGGUGGAGCCGAGCGUUGCUGUGGCGAUAAUCAGCUUGUUGCUCGAUUUUACAUUUAUUGACUUUACAGAUAUUCCUGUUUUCACAUUAAUCGCUUUAAUCCCUUUGUUCCGAUUUAUCAGAGAAGGAUCGGGAGGACUGCAAUGUCUUCGAAGGAAGACAGGGCUAAGGAGAUUCUGAAGGGCUUUAAGCUUAACUGGAUGAAUCUCCGUGAUGCAGAAACAGGAAAAGUUUUAUGGCAAGGCACAGAAGAUCUCUCGUUACCUGGAGUGGAGCAUGAAGCUCGCGUUCCUAAGAAGAUCCUAAAAUGCAAAGCUGUUUCCCGAGAACUAAACUUUUCCUCAUCUGAACAGAUGGAAAAAUUCAGGCUAGAGCAAAAGGUUUUCUUCAAAGGACAGUGCUUAGAAGAAUGGUUUUUUGAAUUUGGCUUUGUCAUUCCUAAUUCUACAAACACUUGGCAAUCAUUAAUAGAAGCAGCACCAGAAUCACAGAUGAUGCCAGCUAAUGUGUUAACUGGUAAUGUAGUCAUAGAAACAAAAUUCUAUGAUGAUGACCUUCUUGUAAGUACUUCCAAAGUCAGACUUUUCUACGUCUGAAGUGAAUUCUCUACUGUUUAGUACGAAAUGUCUUGCUGAUGGCAGAUAGAUGAGACACUUUUCAGCGUCAUGUGACCAAUGGACCAGCUGUACCUGGAUGGCACCUGGCAAAUUAGGCUCUUCAGAAUUGGGUUAGAAGAUUGAAUAUGCAAGACUCUACAAAAGAACGAACUUUUGUGACAGAAAUAUGGGCAGUAACACUUAAUACUGUACUUUCUUGAGACCAAUAUUGUACAUUAUUUUAAAUGCUAUUUGUUUUGCUUCAAAUCUGUACACACUGCUUACCUUCCUUAAUUUGUACCAUGCAUAGUUUCACUUCAAGUUACUUUAGAAGUUUGUCUAUGUUAAUUGUUUAGUUUUUUUAUUGACUGCUGUAAUUUGUGACACAUUCUUCAGUUGUAACAAAGUGUAAAAUACUCCUAGUAUGUUACAUAAGGUUAUAAUCCAUAAGUAAAUGAUAGGACUGAGCAAGAUUGCAGUCUUAAAGAAAUAAAAGCUGUUGCUUCUGUAUUUUAAAGUCAAAUUUAGUUAAUACUGUACAUAAUUGUGCAGUAUCAUUUUAUAGCAUGUUUUGGCUACAAUCUUUUAAGGUCCAGUAUUAAAUGAGUUAGCCUUAAGUAAGCAUUCUAAGUAAAGAAUCUCAUUUUAAAAAAAACGAUAUGAUUGUAAACAGCAUAAAUGUUUCUAUGCAAUUGGAGAUUCAACGCAAAAUAUGUUCAGUAUGUUAGUGAAAGAUGGAAGAAGUCACUCAUCUGACAGCACAUUGGUUGACAACAGCCACUGCACCCCGUAAGUAACUGACCCACUUAUAUCCUUUAUUUUCUACGUGGUUUAGCAUGCAAUAGUACACUUUAAGUGGGGACACAAAACAUAGUAAAAUUUUGAAAUUUAUUUGCAUAAAUGUGACUCUCACCAGAAAAUUAUUAGCUGCAGUGUAACUGUCCUUUUCAAAAUCUUUUGCCUGAAUUUGUCUUCCUUCAUUUGUUGUCCUGUCAAUCCUUAGAAGUCAAUCUAGCUGCAUUUUCCCCUACUUUCAGGAAUACCUAACCUCUGUCCAGCAUCAUAACUGAUAUUAGCACUUAUGAUGCAAGCCCUUUGGCGACAGAAAUUAGAAAUUUUAAUGCAGUAUAUUCUAAGUUGAUGGUACAAUGGUGAAAAUGUGUUGCUGGAAAAGCGCAGCAGGUCAGGCAGCAUCCAGGGAACAGGAGAAUCGACGUUUCGGGCAUAAGCCCUUCUUCAGGAUGGUACAAUGGUCCAGGCAUUCCUCUGACACACUUUCUUCUCCUCUCUUAUCCUUCCCAUCAUACCGCCACGUACUUCAGAACGUGGUUAGACAUAUUUAAUUGUUGCGUUCUCUUUAAAAAUAUGUUUUGUUUAUGAUUUUGAUCACUGAAUCAUAGAAUGAGCACUACUUGACUGGCAUUAGGUUGGCUGUGAACAAACUUUUGUUCACAGGUUGUCCGACCUGUGAAUAGUAAAUUAAAGUUUUCCAAGGACUUUGCAAUCUUCUUGCAACAGCUAUCUGGCUAGAAAAAAUACUUUCUCACAGUCUUGUGCCAUUUUUAGCAAAUACAAUAUAAUUAUUAUUCCUUA